AUGCGGUUCCUCAAUGUCCUCCUUGGCGCGGCCGCCGUCACUUCGGCGGUCGCUGCACCAACCACAAGCAGCGACGCACCUGUAACGAAGCGCAAGAGCAAGUUCUUGUUCACGGGUGUCAAUGAGUCCGGUGCUGAGUUCGGUCAGGGCAACCUGCCGGGCACGCUUGGCAAGGACUACACAUGGCCUGUCCACUCAACCAUUGAUACUUUGACCGCGAAGGGCUUCAACAUCUUCCGAGUGCCAAUUUUGAUGGAGCGAAUCAUUCCAAGCACCCUUACAGGUAGCAUCAACGAGGCAUACUACAGCGGCUUGAACGAUAUCGUCAGCUACAUCACAAGCAAAGGCGCAUACGCCAUCAUCGACUCGCAGAACUUUGGGCGCUACUACGGAAACGUGAUCACCGACACAAGCGGGUUCCAGACGUACUGGAAGACCAUUGCCGCCCGGUUCGCGGGUAACAGCAAGGUCAUCUUCGACACCAACAAUGAGUACCAUGACAUGGACAACACCCUCGUCGCACAGCUCAACCAGGCUGCUAUCAACGGCAUACGCGCGGCUGGUGCCACGAGCCAAUACAUCUUUGUGGAGGGAAAUUCCUACACUGGCGCUUGGACCUGGGUCUCCUCCGGCACCGGAGCUGCUCUGGCCUCCCUGACGGACCCCUCCAACAAGAUCGUGUACGAGAUGCACCAGUACCUCGACAGCGACGGUUCCGGCACACACGCAGACUGCGUCUCCUCCACCAUCGGGAGCGAGCGCAUACAGGCCGCUACCCAGUGGCUGAAGCAGAACGGCAAGAAGGGAAUUCUCGGCGAGACUGCCGGGGGCGCCAACAGCCAGUGCAUCCAGGCCCUGACGGGGAUGCUGCAGUACAUGGAAGCCAACACCGACGUCUGGGAAGGCUGGCUGUGGUGGGGAGGUGGCCCGUGGUGGGGAGACUACAUGUUUUCCAUGGAGCCGCCAAGUGGUACUGCAUAUACCUCGGUACUCCCCAGCAUUUCGCAGUUCAUCUGA